ACCCUCGGCCGACAGCCCGGGGCGAGACGGGCGCCUGUUCGCUUCCACGAAGGGGAGCGGCGCGCUGCUGCACCUAGAUAAUGCCCUCGCCGCUGCCCAACGGGAACGACGUGCCCGACGCCUUGUACGGCAGCGAGGAGGGCGCCCGCGAUUCUCACCCGGCCACCCCGUCCGACAGUGCCCUCGAUGACGACGGCAACCAUCGCAGCAGGUGGACGGGCUCCGCCGCGAGCUCGCCCUCCUCGAGAGGGAGGCGGAGGAGCUCGAGGCGGAGGCGCGGUGGCUCGAGCGGCAGGGCCCGCUGGGCGACGCCCUGGACGCGGGCGUGCUGGGGAGCGGCAUACAGAACCCCGUGAAACCGACUGCUCCAGACAGCACGACCAGCGUCAUCGACAGCAGAGUCUUGGCUGAGGUCGACAUGACAAAGCGCAUACUCGAGCGACUCGUCCAGAAGGUCGACAAGCUUGAGAAUGAGAGGAACCGCCAGUUCAAUGGUUCCGUCGUUGGUAGCGAUGCAGAGGACAUGAUAAAGCGCGCUGAUACCGAAGCUAACCUUAAUCAUGACGAGAAUGACGAUGUGCUCGCCAACAGUGCCCUCGCUAUGGCUCCGCCUCUUCAGGCGAUCAUCUAUCUGGUGGCCUUCUCUGGAAUAGUCUUCACGCUGGUGUUCCCGGCGCUGGAGAAGAGCGGACAGGUUCGCCGCCUCGUGGGAGUAGGUGGCGAUGGUUUCGCGGAGGGGCAGGGUCGCCGCCUGGGUGGGCCAGCAGGUGGAGUGAUAGUCGCGGUGUGCUACUCCACGCUCGGGGCAGGGCUGAUGGCACUGAUCACCAGCUUUCUGAAGCAGCCGAUCUUGAUCGGAUACAUCCUGGGCGGCGUCCUGGUGGGCCCCACCGGCCUGGCCCUGGUCGACGACUAUCUCGAGAUACUGACCAUCAUGGACCUGGGCCUGGUGCUUCUGCUGUUCAUGAUCGGCCUCGAGGUAGACUUGCACGCGCUGGUCAACAUGAACAAGAUGAACUGCGUCACAGGAAUUCUUCAGUUCCCCCUCUGCGCUGGUAUUCACCUGCUCAUUUUCUGGUUGCUCAGCUUUGGCAUCAAUUUUGGCAGUGGCAAAUGGAGCUUGGGCUAUCUCGCCCUCGCGUGUGGCGUUUCGUCCACCAUGAUUGUGGUGAAAUCGCUGUCUCGCAAAAUGGAGGCAGACACCGCCGCAGGAAAGUUUACCCUCGGGAUUCUUCUCUUCCAAGAUUUCUGGGCGUUCGUGAUGAUUGCGAGCCAGAGCCACAUUGAGAACCCAGAUUUGCUCAGUAUAUUGAAAGAUUUCGGCUUCAUGUUCGUGUUGAUCAACGUCUCCUUCAUGUACGCUAAGUACGUUCUGCCUCCGAUUUUCCAAAAAGCAUCUGCAUCUACAGAGCUUAUGCUGGUGCUGGCUCUCGCCUGGUGUUUCUUUCUUUGUUGUGGGGCAGCUCUUCCAUUCAUCAAUCUCCCCAUCCAGGUUGCAGCAUUCAUCGGUGGCGUCUCCAUGGCAACUUUCCCUUUCAACGCAGAACUCAAUUCGAAGAUCAAGUACAUCCGGGACUAUUUCAUCACGCUGUAUUUUGUUGGGGUCGGCAUGCAAAUGGAUGUGCCAACUAGUGAUAUGAUCGUCUGCGUCAUCUGUAUUAUUGUAGUGGUGCUUCUCACGCGCUGGGUCGGUAUCUUCAUCGUGGCAGUUGUCCAAGGCUCUGGCCCCCGCCUAGCCAUUCUGGCCACGCUGAACCUCUCCCAAUGUAGUGAGUUUGGCCUCGUGGUCUGCACAUUGGGAGUGAAACUUGGACAUAUCGACGACGAGACAAUGUCGAUCGCGAUUUGGGUGUUCGCUAUUCUUGCGGGCGCUGCUUCGUACAUUAUCGGCUACAACCACAGCUUGUACCACGCCAUCAUGCACAAAAGUCGGGUCUUGCCACAAGGCAGCCGCUUGAGGCGUGUCUUCGGUGGUGACGAAGCUCAGACCGAAGACGGCAAAGAUCUGGAGGAGCGCGACAUAGUUUUCCUUGGUUUCUUCAAGAUUGCAGCUGCACUCAUCGCUGAGUUUGAGCAUAAAGCACCGCAGAUCCUGCGCAAGCUUCAUGUUCUCGACCACAAAACCUCGUUGAAAGCACCUCUGCACGCGAAGAACAUCGCGUUCUCGGCUUGCGACGUCACCUCGGCGGACACAAUCAGGGCAACUGUGAAGCAACGAGUCGACCUGGUCCUGAUAACCAUCCCCGACUACAGGAUCACCGGCGUCUCGAACGAGCGGCUGCUGAGGACUCGGGGGACGGCCCGCGAAGUCUGGCCCGAGUGCCACAUCAUCGUCAUCGCGGACGAGCCGAAGCAGAUACGGCGACUCUACGACAAGGGCGCGAACUACGUCCUGGCGAAGCCUAAGCUGAGCGCCGAGAUCGCGGGCAUGCUGACAGAGCACUACUCCGAAGGCACUGGCGGCGAGCUCAAGCACCACCUGGAGAAGCACCGCCGCGGCGAGUCCGAGUGGCGUGCGAAGCUCAUCGACCUGAACUUCGGGCCACAGGAUUUCUAGGGGCGGGCCAGCGAGGGGGUGCCGAAGCGCACUGCCCCUUCAGGCCUCACCGAGCGCGCUCUACAUCCAAUGGAACGCGCGUGUCUGAGACCGCGGCCCUGCCGCGCCAUCUGAGAAGCCCAGUUUGCGGCCAGCGGUGGGCCUGAGCCGGAGGGGGCGGGCGCGGCGCGGGGGAGCGCCCGGCCCCCUGCGCACAGCGGCCGCCGUGCUGUUCCAGCCUCGCCGUCUUAGAACGCGGGCAAUUCAGCACUGCUUUGUGUCCUCCGUCGCGGCUAGGUCGGCAUGCAUGCUUGCAGAAACACAGAGUCUUGAGA